AUGGGCACGUCGAUGGAGAGCGCAACGACCACAGGCGAAUCCACGGAGGUUCUGACGUUGGCGGAUACCGCGACAGCGGAGGACAUGGCAGCCAUGCAGUUUGUUUCUUCAGAUCAGUCCGCUUUAACGGUGACGAUCGACGGCAUUGAGGUCACGGCUGUCACGGCAGAUCAGGAUAGUGUUGCCGAGGAUUCCAUGUUUUCUGCCAUAUGUAAGCAAUGCCACCGGCGUGGACAUCAGGCUUCCCACUUCGUCAUUCGAUGCCUUCGGGGUGGAAGAGCGCGCUGGCUGCUGUUGCAGAGGUACCUCCCUCCGCCGUCCCCGCGGGCGCUUUCGGCUCAGAAGUGGAGGGCGUGA